AUGGCGUGUCUAUUGAGGUCACCUGCAUUGGCUUCUUCAGUUGUGCAAUCGGCCAAAGGGUAUAAUGUUUUCCAUGUGGGUCCUCCCCAUGUGCGAAGGCAUUAUGAGGUCUGCUUCACGACUGAGCAGCCCCCCUGGCGGUUAAGCUACUACUGUUCUUGGCCUCUGUUCGCACUAUCCCAUCAUUGGGUAGUGUGGAUGGCUGCGGAGAGGGUUUACCCUGGUAAACGGUUCUCUGACUAUGCGGUCCUCGGUGACGAUGUUGUCAUUGGAGAUCGCGAGGUCGCUCUAGAGUAUAAGGCUCUACUUGGAGACUUGGGGGUUACUAUAUCUGAGUCUAAGUCCCUCAUCUCCUCGCCGGGUGCUUUUGAGUUUGCAAAGAGAUUCCGUGUACGGCAUGGGACGGUGGAUUUCUCUCCCGUCUCGGCCCGUGCAUUGUUGAUGUCUCGGAUGACCUUAGGGCUCGUCACUCUGCGUGAUAAGUAUAAGAUACAAUCCUUUCGUACACUUAUGCGUUUGGGUGGUGCUGGCUACCGGUCUUAA